AUGUUUUCAUUCAACACCGUGAGCUUUUUGGCCUGCCUUGGCGGUGCUUCGGCUCACCUACUUGUCUUUCGGAUAGGGGAAUGGGAUGUGCUCGCGCCCCAGAUCUUCGUUGGUCAUCUUAUGGCAUUCCUGAUGGCUUCUGGGAUUGCAAAAGCUCGCCUCCAGCUCCCGUUUACCGAAGCAGCCGAAGUGGUCAUUUCUUACCUUGUUGGUUUAUAUUUUAGCAUGCUUAUUUAUCGGGCGUUCUUCCAUCGACUCUCCAGAUAUCCAGGUCCUUUCUUAGCCAAGCUUAGCAACUUCUACAUCACAGCUCGCUCCGUAAGAAAUCUCCAACUUUUUAAGGAAGUUGAACAAAUUCACCAUCAAUAUGGGGAUUACGUGCGCCUUGGCCCGUCGGAGCUGUCGAUUACUGAUCCAGCCGCCGUUGAAGCUAUCUACGGCACUCACUCUCCAACGGUCAAGGGGCCUUGGUACACACUCCUAGAGCCGCGCUACCCCCUUUUCAUGGCUCGCGACAAGGAGGAACAUGCGCGGCGCCGCAAAGUCUGGGAUCAAGGAUUCAGUACCAAAGCCCUUCUCGGGUACGAUUCUCGAAUCACCAAGGCAAUUGAUGAGCUCCUUCAAGUUAUUGAUCGUGACCACAAUCAACCAAUCAAUAUCACCAAGUGGUUCGACUUUUUCGUUUUUGACGUCAUGGAGGACCUGGCUUUCAACAAAAACUCCAAUAUGAUUCGCAACGGCGAAGAUUCAUAUGUAUUCCAAACUAUCCGAACUGAUAUGUUCAACAUUGCCUUCUUCGCCCAUCUUCCUUGGCUGCUCCCCUUCCUGAAAAGGACUCCGCUUUUGAACUGGAAUUAUAUCAAGUUUUGGAACUGGAUUCAAAAUCAUAUUAAUGAGAGGCGAAAGAACGAGCCAGACCAGCCCGAUAUCUUCUCCUGGUUGUUGGCGAACUACGACCAAGGGAAGAAAACUCAGAAAGAUGAUUGGAACUUACACGGAGACGCACAAUUAAUUGUCAUUGCCGGAAGCGACUCUGUGGCAGCGACUCUUACUCACAUCUUUUACGAGCUUGCUUAUGACGCAAAUCUUACCAAAAACUUACAGGAUGCAUUCGACGCUCUCCCAAGUUUGGAGAACUCAAAUUUAAUCAAUAUUGAGCUCUUGGACGCCGUGAUCAAUGAGACGCUUCGGCUGCACCCACCGGUCCCUUCAGGCACGCAGCGAGUUACACCCCAAGGAGGUCUCCGUAUCGGUAGUAACCAGAUCCCUGGGAAUACCAUUGUGCAGGUGCCAUCCUAUACAGUCUUCAGAGAUCCGCGCAACUUUGAGAGGCCCACAGAGUUUCUCCCUGAUCGAUGGAUGGAACACAAGGAGCUCAUCAAGAACAAGUCUGUCUUUAUUCCUUUCAAUAUGGGACCGUACGCAUGCGUGGGCAAGAGAUUAGCGUUGAUGGAAAUACGCCGCGUCACUGCCGAGAUUCUAACUCGGUAUGAUAUUACCGUUGCGCCAGGGUACGAAAAGGGAUCUUUUCUUGGAAAAAAGCAGGAUACUUUCACGGUUGUCUCCGGCCCACUCCCCCUCAAUUUCGCCCCUAGAACCCCUUAA